UUACUUAACUCCAUGUCCAGCGUUGCUUCCAUUUUGGUGUUUGUUGUGGAGUAUCCUAGGGGUAAGCGAGUCAAAGGACGUACAACAGAACGCAAAUUCCAGAAACCUUUUACAACACUGGUGAAUUGCAGUGGGUUUCUUGGCAGAAACUAUUUCGUUAGAUUCCUAUUCCAUCUUAUAUUAUGUGCUCCGUUGUGUUUUAUCCUUGCGACAAUUAUGGGUGGACUGAGUCUGUUUGUCACCAGCAUGAUAUAUCUAGCAGCAGCAUUUAAAGGAGAACAGUGGAAACCAGUUGGUCUGGAGGAGAAACCAGCGGAAGAUUUAACCAAAAAAGAUCUCAAAUCAUUCCGUCAGCCCAAGAAGCCCCCUCCCAGAGCCCCACCCCAGGAGGUACACGACAACCGGGUCUGAACCAUGAGUGCCACCCCAGGGGAUACAUGGCAACGGAUCCCUGAGGUCUAUCCCAGGGGAUAAAUGACAGUUGUGUCUGAACAUAAAAAGACUUCUUACCAAAUGAGAUUAUGUACCAUAUUUUGCUUGAGAAUAUCUUCCUAUUUAUAACCAGAACAAAUUUUAAAUACAUUGACUCCUGUGCCAUAUCAAAUCAUACCAAACACAGUAUAAUUGUGUUUCUCUCCCAUUAUUUCAGUGCAUCCCACUUCUCUUAAGAGCUAUAAAGCCUCUCUCUUUUAUUAGCUCUUCUGAGCCAAAGGCUCAAAGAGCUAAUGCUAUGGCCAUUUGUGCGGUGUGCGGUGUGCGUUAACUUUUUAGAAUAUGGGCCAUAACUCAAGAACCCCUUGGCCAAUCAGUGUCAAAUUUGUCACAGGGUAUCCUUGGCCCAAGGGCUACUAUUUAUACCAAAAUAAGGGUUGGGACCCUAAAACAAGGGGAGAUAAUCAGGAAAACAAAACCAAAAGUACUGGUUGCUAAAAAAUCUUCUUCUCCAGAACCACCAGGCAGAUUUUCACCAAACUUACAUACAAGGAUCAGGAUAUGUUGAAGAUUAAAAAUUGUUCAAGGCAUGACCCUGGGGCAAAGGGCGUGGUCUCAAGGUCACUUCAAAGUUGACCUAAAUUUACAAUUAAUAAAAAUGUGUAUAUUUUGCUUACUAUGAGGACUAGGAUCAUCAAAUCUUGUAAGUUGAUGCAUCUUACGACUUCACAUCAUGUUAACUCAAAAGUAGGUCACGGUGACCUACUUUUUAAAUUUUGCGGGGAUUUGUUUUCAAAUUGAUUUGAAGGCAUAUU